AUGCGAACCGACUGCUGCUUUCAGCUCUGGGACAAUCGCUUCCGCCUCGCUACAAACCGGUCUCCCAGAGUAGCCACAGCAGCAGCAGCAGCAGCCGCCAGUGCCUUUGCACAGGAGGAGGAUGACAGCCCUCUUGCCGCGCUCAAGCGCCGGGUGCAGCAGCUGUCGACGUCACCGUACGACAAGGAGAUUUGGGCUGUGGCUCUUCCCGCCCUCGUGGCGAUGCUCCUCGAGCCGGUAAUGAAUGCUCUGAACGCAGGUAUGCGUGCGUGUAUAUUUGUAUCUAUGUGUGUGUCUUUUUCUGUCAGCUGUUCGCCUCCGCCUACGCCUACGCGCAUGUACCGGCUGAACGUGUCGUACAUCCAAAUUCAGGUGUCGUGCAUCGUGGCCAAGAGCUUGUGGAUCGCGGUGGUGAGCGGCGUUGCGAGUGCGGCAGCCAUGUUCGCCGGCGCGGAGGCCAUCGUGGCGAUGUUGAAGCCCCCCGAGGCAGCUGUGGCCGCCUUCGCAAUCGACUACAUCAGGGUCCGUUCCCUGGCCAUCCCCGCGGUGCUGCUGGGUUUCGUGGCUACUGCCGUAUUCCGGGGUUUCAAAGACACGCGGACACCCCUAUUUGGCGCCCUCGUGUCCGCGGCGGUUAGCCUGGGACUCAACGUGCUGUUCCUGUACGUCCUCCGCCUGGGGGUGGUCGGCAGCGCUGUGGCCACUGCUGCCGCCCAGAUCGUGUCGUGCUGCCUGCUGCUGGGGGCGCUGUUCGCCAAGGGACGAGGGGGGGGCGGGGGAGGGGGAGUUGUGGUCCAGGCGAGACACCUGCGGCGACCGCCCCCGCUGUCGGUUAUGGUGCCCACGUUAAAGCUCGGGGCGGUGCUGGGGGCGCGGAACAUCAUCUCGUUUGGCAUGGUGAUUUACGCCUCCGCACUGUCGAUCCGGAUGGGCUCCACCUACCAGGCGUCCUUCGAGGUCAUAAGACAGAUUUGGCUGUUGGCCAUUCAGUUCUUCGAGUGCCUGAAUGUGGCGACACAGGCGCUGUGUGCCACCUACCUGGGGCAGGAGGUUCUUGGGGCGCUGCCCAUGAUCUGCAUCUUCUUUCCCUUGGACGCCGCCGCCGCGAUCAUGGACGGCUCGUUGCUGGCCGCAAAGCAGUCCAAUUUCAUGUCUGCCGUACAGAUCGCAGGAUCUGUUGUACAAUAUGUCGUACUGUCGUACCUUGCGGCGACGGGCAAUGUCACCUCGUUGACCGUGUGGUCGGCACUCAAGAUUCUCAACGUGCUCCGAGUGGUGGGUGGUGUGUCUCGCAAUUACUACUCGGCACGGAGCGGCUACACACCCGUCGUGACGGCGGCGCCACAGUUACUGCCGGCAGUAGCAGCGGUCGCAGCCACGGCGGCUGUGGAGCCUCGAGUGGAGCAGAUCACUACAAUAGCGCCGCCGGGAUCGACGGCGACGGCGGCGGCGGCUGCACCGCCGCCGCUGCUGGUACAAGUAGGAGCUGGCGCUCGGCUGGCGGUGGCGGCGACUUCGCCGCCGUCGCCGGAGGCGGCGGCGGCGCUGCAGUCGUACGAGGACGACGUCAUGGUGCUCGCAUGUGCCGCCUGCACCUCCGCCACCGAAAUGAACCCCGAUAUGCUCGGUUUAAAGCGGCGGAAUGUCACCGCCGCCGCUGCAGCCGCCGCCACCAGCGACGGUGGUACGGCCGGUGCUGAUGGGGAUGCUAGCGCCCUACUCAAUGGCGUCGACGGCGACGACGAGGGCAGUGGGAGUAGAAGCGGCGGCGGUGGCGGCGGGCGCUGGGAAGAAGCAGGUGCAGCGGCGGUACCGCUGCCGCCGCCGCCGCCGUCGGCGCCCGUCACGGUUGUCGCUUCGUCGGCGGCAGGGUGA